AUGCUUGUCUACGAAGUCAAGUGCGAGAAUCUGAACAAAGACACGUGCACAUUCGCGGUCUCGGCGACCGGAAAACGCUGCGUUUUGGAGAAGAGUGUGAAGAGGAGUGGGAUCGAGGUGUACACGUGUCGAUCAUCGGAGAUAAAAGCGGACAAGAUCACAAACAUUAUUGAAUCAGACGAGUGCAUUAAAGCGUGUGGUGUAGACCGGAAAUCUUUGGGUAUAUCUUCAGACGCAUUGUUGGAAUCCCGGUUUACUCAGAAACUCUGCUCGGUUAAAUGCUUAACCCAAUGCCCUAACAUCGUCGAUCUCUUCUUCAAUCUUGCUGCUGGCGAAGGAGUAUAUUUGCCAAAGCUAUGUGAAUCACAAGAAGGAAAUUCAAGAAGAGGAAUGUCCGAAAUUAGGAGCUCCGGGAUUGUGAUGGAUACUCCUGGACCGGUUGGAUCGGUUAUGUUGGAUGAGAUGGCACCAGCGCCGGCUACAGGAAUCUUCAGGCCUUACGCGCCGCAACCUUCAUCGAACUGA